UUACCCAUUCUUCCCUGUAUCCAUAAUGGCAAUUUUCAAAUCAACACAAUCGCCUUUGGAUUGGCCCUCUUCUCCAAUUUCCUCAAACCCCUUUCCCCACCCAUUUUCCCCCAUCGCAAUUUCCCCACCCAUUUCCAAUUACCCAUUCUUUCCCAGCCCGCCACAAUGGCAAUUUCCAAAACACGAUCACCUUUGUGGUUGGCCCAAAUUGGCCCCUUUCCCCACCCAUUUUCCCCCUUGGCAAUUUCCCCACUCUCUCCCAUUUCCUCCAAUUUACCCAUUCUUCCCCAGCCCACCACAAUGGCAAUUUCCAAAACACGAUCACCUUUGGGGUUGGCCCAAAUUGGCCCCUUUCCCCACCCAUUUUCCCCUUGGCAAUUUCCCCACUCUCUCCCAUUUCCAAUUUACCCAUUCUUUCCCACCCCACACCCAUAAUGGCAAUUUUCAAAUCAAAAUUGCGCGGGCCCAUUCCUAAUUGGCCACUCUUUCCAAAUUGCCCAUCUUUCCCAUUAGCAGAAAAAAUCAGUAAAAAGUGUGUAUAUUGG